AUGAUUUGGCCGCUUUUCCUCUCCUACUGCCUGACUUGUGUGUUUGGAAAUACGACGGACUCCAAACCGCCGUCUUUCCACGGACACGUGUUCGAAAACUGGCCCGUCGGUUCGAGAGUGAACGGGCUGAGCAUCCCUGCGAGGCGCAUCGACGCGCAGCGCUGGUGCUCCGGUUCGGGCGCGUAUCUCAAACUGCUCGGAGACGGGAGCGCCGACUUUCGGGUUUUUACGCACCACGGACGCGGGCACGUCCUGCUCAAAAGUGCGAGCGUGCUGGACCGGGAGAACCGCGCCGAUUACGCGCUUGAUGUGGGGCUGUGCUGCGGGAGCUGCGCAUCUAUCGAGCGCGUCGUGGCGACCAUCCGGGUGGAUGUACUCGACACGAACGAUCAUGAGCCCGCUUUUCGGCACUCCGAUGUCAAAAUCACUCUGGACGAUGCCACCGCGCUGAGAUCGGUGGUUUAUAAAGUGACCGCUGAGGACACAGACAGCGGGAAAAACGCCGAGCUGAUCUACUACGCGCUGCCCAGAAACGGGAGCUUUUACGUGGUGCCCAAAACGGGCGACGUCCUCUUGGUGGACUCCAUCCUGGGUCUCGCGUCUCCGAUUCAAUUCAGCGUGUUCGCCAGGGACCGAGGAUGGCCGACGCGCACCGGCCGGCACAUGAAGGUGGAAAUCAGUCCCAGGCAGUGGCCGGCUGCGCUCCCGAAGACUCCCAGGCUCCAGAGAAAGUGCCGCUCCGCGCUGGAAACGAGCAGCGAGCCCGUGGUGGUCAGCGUGUCCGAAGACGCCGCCAUCGGAUCGGUCAUUAUGAACCUCAACCCGGUUAGAUUUCAGUCCUCCAGCUUUGAGCUGAUUUACCCAGAUAUGGAAAACGCACCGGUCAGUGUGAGCAGAGACAGCGGGGAGUUGGUGAUAUCCAGAGGUCUGGACCGUGAGACCGAACCUUUAGUGGAGAUUACUGUUAAAGUGCAGGAUAAGAGAGGUCCAGAUUGGUACUUGGUCAGAGUUGAGCUCACGGUCCUCGACGUCAACGAUAACGCCCCGGAAUGGACCAUGGUACCCUUCCCCUACUUGGCGGUGGUUUCUCCCAGUGCCCCUGCCGGCACACUCGUCUACAAGCUGAUAGCUCGAGACGGAGACGAGGGCAUCAACGGGGAGGUGGAGUACUUCCUGUCCGAUGGAGGUGAUGGCCGGUUCGAAGUGGACAGGAAGACGGGCCACGUGCGUACCACCGGUUUGCCCCUGCAGAAAGACAGAGAAUACUUACUGACGGUCAUGGCGGCUGACCGUCUGGGUAGUCGCAGUGUUCCUGUCAUUCUUUCGGUGGUAGCUGGACCCAGGGCUCCACAAUUCACCAAUGCCUCCUACACCAUAUCUAUACCGGAGAACACACCGGCCAGGCAGCCCUUUCUGGUCACCCCGGCGCUGUCCUUCCAGAAACAGCCAGUCACCUACAGCUUGCUUAUCAACCCCAGCAGCUUGUUCAGCAUCAAUCAGGAGAGCGGGGAGAUCAGCCUGACCCGCAGUCUGGACUAUGAGGCCGACCAGCACCGCUUCCUUCUUCUCGUAAGGGCCAGCGAGAACAAGGACGUUCUUAGCAGUGCUGCAGAGGUGCGGGUCGUCAUCACGGACGAGAACGACUGCGUACCGGAGUUCCUGCAGUCCAUUUACAGCAAAGACGGCGUUCCGGAGACCGUCACGACAGCCACGUCUCUGCUACAAGUGUCAGCCAGCGACUGUGACUCGGACCAGAACGCCGACAUCACCUACUACACCCUGAGCUCGGAUUUCAUCAUUUCUCCGCACGGCACCAUCUUCCCAGCCGGCCCCCUGGAUUACGAGCGGCCCAACCACCUGUACGAGUUCGUGGUGAUGGCCGUGGAUAAGGGCGAGGUGCCGCGGACGGGUACGGCCACGGUACGGCUACGCAUGGCCAACGUCAACGACGAGCCGCCCGAGUUCUCCAUGCCAGUAUAUCGUACUUUCGUGUCUGAGGAUGCCGGACCCAACACCUUGGUUGCGACUGUUCUGGCUAAGGACCCGGACGGUGAUGGGAUCACGUACAGAAUCUCAGCAGGCAAUGAAGAAGGCAACUUUGUCAUUGACAGUCAAAAAGGUCUGAUCCGCCUUCGCUCCAGUCCUCCACCCAAACUGCAGGGAGUUGAGUACAUCCUGAACAUCACCGCUACGGACGACAAUGCCUCCGGUGGUCCGCAGUCUCUCUACGGGACGGCCCAGGUCAUCGUGGGAGUGGACGACGUCAACAACAACAAGCCAGUUUUCGAGAAGUGUCAGCAGUAUAAGGAGUUGGCGUCCGUGCUGGAGAACAAGCCGGCGGGGACGUUCGUGCUACAGGUUCACGCGGUGGACGCCGACGAGGGAGCCAACGGCAAAGUGACGUACGGCUUCAUGCACAAAGACAGCACGGUUCCCGCCUUCACUAUUGAUCCUGAAACAGGAGUCAUCGUGACGGCGAGGAGGUUCGAUCGGGAGCGGCAGAGGGAGUACGCGGUGACGGUCACGGCGACGGAUCAGGCCGCCGAUCCUCUCAUAGGAAUCUGCCAACUGAACAUUCUCAUCCUGGACGAGAACGACAACAGCCCCAAGUUCGAGAACCUCCGAUACGAAUACUUCUUGCGGGAGGACACCAUGAUUGGCACCAGUUUCCUGCGAGUGGCCGCGCAUGACGAUGACUACAGCACCAACGCCGCCGUCACGUACUCCAUUUCUAAAGAGCAGCCGGAAUACCUCCGGGUCAAUCCUGUGACCGGCUGGGUUUACGUCAGCCAGCCCAUUUCUCAGAGAACCUACAUCACCAGAGAAAUCACAGCCACGGAUGGAGGAAAUCUGAGCAGCUCUGUGGAGCUGGCCGUCACCAUCACCAACGUGAAGAACCAGCCGCCUCAGUGGGAGAAGGACAGCUACGAGGUGGUCAUACCGGAGAACACCGUCAGAGACACGCCUAUCGUGACUAUAAAAGCCACCUCUUUGCUGGGCGACCCGAGAGUGACCUACAACCUGGAGGACGGCAUGGUACCCGAGACCAACAUGCCCGUCCGGUUCUACCUGACGCCGAACCGCGAGGACGGAUCCGCGUCCAUCCUGGUGGCGGAGCCGCUGGACUACGAGAUCACACGGAAUUUCAUGCUAAGGGUCCGAGCUCAGAACGUCGCCGCCGUGCCUUUAGCGGCCUUUACUACCGUCUACGUCAACCUUACAGACGUGAACGACAACGUUCCCUUCUUCACCUCCUCCAUUUACGAAGCCUCCGUGACCGAGGGGGCAGAAGUCGGGACCCUGGUGGUUCAAGUCUCGGCCAAUGAUCUCGAUCUGGGAUUGAACGGAAAGAUCUCCUACUCCAUGCUGAACGACCGCAGCGGAGACUACCAGGUCUUCCGCAUCGAUCCCGAACUUGGCUCCAUUUACACAGAGGCCGUGUUCGACCGGGAAACCAAGGGUUCCUACCUAUUAGAGAUUGAAUCCAUGGACGGCUGGGAGUCUGCCAGGCCGGGGAGGCACGGCCAGCCCAAUUCGGACACGGCGUACGUGCGGGUGUUCAUCAGCGACGUGAACGAUAACAAGCCCGUCUUCGCGCAGAACGUGUACGAGGUGGACGUGGACGAGGACGCGGACGUGGGUUCGGCCGUCCUCACCGUCAGCGCUAACGAUGGAGAUGAAGGUGCCAACGCUAAACUGCGCUACCAGAUAACAUCAGGCAACACGGGCGGUGUCUUCGACGUGGAGCCUGAAGUCGGCACCAUCUUCAUCGCCCAGCCGCUGGACUACGAGCGUACCAAACGCUACAAGCUGCACGUGCUGGCGUCGGAUGGGAAGUGGGAGGAUUACGCUUCUGUGGUGGUGAACGUGGUGAAUAAGAACGACGAGGCUCCUGUGUUCUCCGUCAACGAGUAUUACGGCAGCGUGACCGAGGAGCUGGAUGGAUCCCCGGUGUUCGUGCUGCAGGUAACAGCCACCGACCCAGAUAAGGAUGCUGACCAGGAGGCUUUGCGCUACUCUCUGCACGGUCAAGGAGCUGAGAGUGAGUUCAUCAUCGAUGAGGUGACGGGAAAGAUCUAUGCCCAGAGGACUCUGGACCGGGAGGCACGGGCGAUAUGGCGCUUUGUGGUGUUGGCCACGGACGAAGGUGGCGAAGGGCUGACUGGAUUCACCGAUGUCAUCAUUAGUGUUUGGGACAUCAACGACAACGCCCCCGUCUUCGCCUGUGCACCGGAUAACUGCCACGGAGACGUGGCCGAGAACUCUCCAGCGGGCACUUCGGUUAUGGAAAUGACCGCGACCGAUCUAGACGAUGCAGCAGUUGGGCAGAACGCCGUGCUGGCCUAUAGGAUCGUUAGUAACGUUGCUUUAAGCGGAGGCAACAACGGGGCGGAUAUGUUUAGCAUCAACCCGGCUACUGGUACCAUCUCGGUGGCUUUGGCCGGUCUCGACCGGGAGCAGAUAGAGUCCUACUUGCUAGUAGUGGAAGCCAGAGAUGGGGGUGGCAUGACCGGGACGGCCACCGCUACCGUCCACGUGUCAGACGUCAACGACCACGCGCCUCUCUUCCUGGACCGCACUUGUUCAGUCCGGAUUCCCGAGAGCAGCGAGCCCAACACUGCGGUGCUAGAGCUGUCGGCUGAGGACGCGGACGCCGGCGAGAACGGUAAGCUGACGUUCAGCGUGAUCGCCGGCGAUCCGGAGCAGAAGUUCUACAUGGUGAGCCACCGGCAGGAGCAACGCGGAACCCUGCGGCUCAAGAAGCGCCUGGACUUCGAGAGGCCAGGCGAGCAGCGCUUCAACCUCACGAUCAAGGUGGAGGACCUGGACUACUCCAGUUUGCUGCAUUGUACCUUGGAGGUGGAGGACUGUAACGACCACGCGCCGGUCUUCAUCCCUCACUUCCUGCAGAUCCCCGCUCUCAGGGAGGACGUUCCGGUCGGCACGAGCGUCGCAACGAUGGUUGCCAGCGACUCCGAUUCUGGCUUGAAUCGAGAGAUCAGGUACAGCAUAACUCCCGAGUCCGAUCCGUACGGCCUUUUCUCGAUCGACGAGACCGGGCUGGUGACCGUGGGCGCUCAGCUGGACCGCGAAAAUACCGCUCAGCAUAACUUGAUCAUUCUUGCGAGCGAUCAUGGAAGUCCACCACUGACUGGCACGGCAUCUAUUCACAUCUCUUUGCUGGAUGUAAACGACAACGGACCCGAGUUCGAGGCCGCCUACGCGCCCGUGGUGUGGGAGAACGUCCCGGGUCCUCACCUGGUCCAACUCAACAGCAGCUCCACACUGCUCAGGGCAGUCGAUCGGGACUCCCUCGACAACGGUUCACCUUUUACGUUUUCUCUUCCUCCGGAGUACCGUUACAGCAACGACUUUUACCUGCAGGAUAACAGAAAUGACACGGCCACGAUCACCGCGCUGAGAGCCUUCGACCGGGAGCGGCAGAAGGAGUUCCUUCUACCGGUCAUCAUGACGGACAGCGGGAAACCUCCCAAGACCGUGACGAGCACCCUGACCGUCAUCAUUGGUGACAAAAACGACCAUGCGCAUGUUGCUGGAGAGAAGAAGAUCUACAUCAACAGUCACAGAGGGAGAAUGCCUACGUCUGUUUUGGGGAAGGUGUAUGCUCCCGAUCCUGAUGACUGGGACAACAAGACCUAUGCGUUUGAAGGAAAUGUUCCUAAUUACUUCAUCUUGAACAAGCGGACCGGUUUUCUUGUCAUAAAGGAAAACGCUCCGCCCGGGACCUACGAGUUCCAGGUGCGUGUGUCGGACGGUGAGUGGCCAGAUGCCGUGUCCAGCGUCAGCGUACACGUACGAGAGUUACGGGACGACAUUAUCUACAACUCCGCCUCGCUUCGCCUUGCAGACAUCACGGCGAAGGAGUUCCUGGAGCCUCGGGGAGGUCUUCGGAGCAAGUACGAGCUGCUGAUGGACUUUCUAUCAGAGAUGCUGUCCGUCGCCGCAGAAGACGUUAACAUCUUCAGCCUCGUGGACAGUCACGAGAAGACUCUGGACGUCCGUUUUUCCGUGCACAGCACCCCCGUCCAGCGCGCCGAGAGACUGCACGGAUACCUCGCUGCUCAUAAACAGAAGCUGCAGUCCUUCCUGCAGGCCAACGUCACCCAGGUGCACGUGGACGAGUGCGCGGUGGCCGACUGCGCCGGGGGCGGAGGCUGCGUGAACAGGCUGAGCGUCAGCGAGAGGCCGGCCGUGGUGGAUUCGGAGAGCAUGACCCUGGUGUCGGUGACGCUGGAGUCCACUGCCGUGUGCAGCUGCUCGGCUAGGGAACACCUGCACCAGGGGUGCGCCACCUACCCCAGGAACCCCUGCCACAACGGAGGAUUCUGUGUGGACACGCAGAGUGGAUACAGGUGUCAGUGCCCGGCGCAGUUCGAGGGACCCGAAUGCCAGCAGACCAAGCACAGUUUCCACGGCAACGGCUAUGCCUGGUUCCCUCCAAUAAGGCCGUGCUUCGAGAGCCACCUUUCUCUGGAGUUCAUCACGGAGGUGGCGGAUGGGCUGCUGCUCUACAGCGGCCCGCUGGCCCCGCUGCUGCCCUGGGAACCUGAGGACUUCAUGGCUAUAGAGCUGAUUGACGGCACUCCUACCCUAAAGAUAAAUCACGGCUCGGGCACUCUGGUUCUACAGUUGCCGGGCAACGUCAAUGUGGCGGACAGACGGUGGCACAGACUGGACGUGAGGAGCAACAGCAAGGACGUGAGCUUCACACUGGACCGUUGUGCAGGGGCCACCGUUAUGGAGAUGGAAGGCGUAGGCAGCUGGCUGACCACGGCGGACCAUACUUCUUGCGAGGUGUCAGGAGUCACCCCGAAUGUGGACAGGUAUCUCAACACAUCGCAGGUCCUGCAGCUGGGAGGAGUGAACGAGAACGUGCCCUACAUCUACCCUCAGCUCCAGCACAAGCACUUCACCGGGUGCAUCCGCAACCUCGUCGUGGACAGCAAGGUCUAUGACCUGGGCUCCCCGGCCGAUUCGUUUGGCAGCGCCCCCGGCUGCUCGAUGACCGACAGGAGCUGUGUCAACAUGGGCUUCCCCUCGUGCGGCACCAGGGGUCGAUGCCACGGCGAAUGGGGCUCCUUCAGCUGCCAGUGCAUAGCCGGAUACAGCGGGCAUCAGUGCGAACAAGAGCUCCCGGAGUAUUCGUUCGACGGCAGGAGUCACGUGCACUAUCAGUUCUCCGGACCGCUGCCAGCCAGGCACACUCAGGUCCAGGUCCUGAUCCGAACCCGCAAACACAGCAGCGCCAUCCUCAGUCUGCUGUCUGCUGCACAGAACGAGUACAUCCGACUGGAGAUCUUCCAGGGCUUGUUAGCGGUCUUUUACAACCUGGGAGACGGAGACUUUAACCUCACCAUGCUGUCUCAUCGACUGGACAACGGCGAGUGGCACGAAGUUCACCUGGAGCGUCACGAUAACGAGGUGACCCUGCGCGUGGACGGCGGGGGCGGACGCCGAGAGAUCACGGGAGCGCCGGGACACAGCCGAGAGAUCGUCGUCGACCCGUCGCUGGUGAUGCUGGGGAACGCUUUUCCCUCCGGGCACAACAAAAGCUUUCAAGGAUGCAUGAGGGACCUGAGGCUGAACAAUCGACCCAUGCCGUUGGACUCUCAGCCUAAAGACGGUGUGUUGGUCCUGAGCUCGGUGGGAGUGACGCUCGGCUGUUCUUCGGAUUCCUGCAGGAGGAACCAGUGUAGCCCCCCGUUCACCUGUGUCGACCUGUGGAGGAUCCAUGAGUGCAGAUGCCCUUCGGGUCACAUGGUCAAGGCCAACGCCACCGGCAAGUUCUGCGUGUACACCAUGUGCGCCAGCCGGCCGUGCCACCGGGGUACCUGCGUGGCCCAGUCGCCCUCCAAAUUCACCUGCCAGUGCCCGGAGGGGUACAGAGGACGCCACUGCGAGGUCACGCUGGCGGUCUAUCAGGAAGACGUGGGCCUCAGCUUCAGAUCGCUGUUCGCUAUAUGCAUCUGCUUCAUGGCUCUGCUGGUACUGCUGCUGGGGAUCUUUCUUUACACACGGUGGAGGAGCUACAAGGGCCUGAAGGAGGGAGUGUACCACGUCUCGGCUCACCACGACGGCUGGGAGGACAUCCGCGAGAACGUGCUCAAUUACGACGAGGAGGGGGGCGGAGAGGAAGACCAGAACGCCUACGACAUGGCAGAGCUGCAGAAAUCCCUACAGCCGAGUCCGGCCCAGUCCGUGCAGUACUGCCGCUCUCGAGCCCUCCAUCAUCAUCAUCAUCCUCCUCCACCCAUCCAGCAGCAACACCACCAGAGUCAUCACCCGCAUCGGUCCGACCCGCCGUCCCGGGCCCCGACGACCGCCGGCACGCCCUCCCUGUCCUCCGGCUGUACCACCCUGCGCAGGGACGUGCCCCCGAGCCCCGGCCCGGCCCGGCGCGCGGCGCCGGCGGCCGCCGGGCUGGCCCGCAAGAGCCUGUCGUUCUCCAGCCAGGACCUGGCCAGGUACCUGUGCGAGAUCAUCCGGGACGCGGAGCGGCACGCGGACUCGGCGCCCCCCGACUCGCUGCAGGUGUUCUCCACCGAGGGCGGGGGCACCCCCGCCGGCUCGCUGAGCUCCUUCAGCUCGGCCGGCCUGGACGAGAGCGGCGCGGCCGGACACGAGUGCGCGAAGGACUGGGGGCCGAGGUUCGACGAGAUCCGGGCGCUCUACGAGAGGGCCGAGGCCGGCGACCUCUGAAGGACAUCUCGCGUCGGGGACGGACCCGGAGGCGAAGGGACACAGGGGCCGGCGUCCCCGGGACCCUCGACGAGCCGCGAAGGGGAGACGCCGAGGUCCGAGGCGGCGUCUCUUAUUCCGCGGCCUUCCCCGGCCGGUCUUUCUGAACGUUUUUCCCGGACGGGAGGGGUCGAACGAGCGCGAGGGGGGAAAGCGAGAGCGCGGUGCGUCUACGGCACCGAGGGACGACUUUCGGACGCUUCGGCGGGAAUACGAACGGCGCCCUUCUCUUUUCGAAGUUCGAAAGACUAGUGGGACGCGUCCGGGCCACGCCUCGGCGGUCGCGUCCCGUGCGAUCGAAUGUUUUUUAUGAAGGUGCGAGAGAUCUCGGUGCCGGGCAGCCCCUCCGCGCAGAGGGUCGCGUCACGUCGGCGGGGUUCCGGCCCGUCCGGCCGGAGUCGAGAGAUCAGGCCGCCAAGGCGGCGGCACGCGCGGGCGGCCCCGAACUGUUCGCGUUCGAAGCGCGCUCCCCCUGUCGUCCCGCCUCUCCGUCGGACGCCCGUCGCGGUGCCGGGGAAUCCGAAGAGCCUCUCGUCAAGGAUCUCAAAAGUGCCAAUUUUUUUCUAACACUGCUCGAACCUAAAAGGUCAGAAACGGCGCCGCUAGCGCAGGGCUUCGUAUUCGGUACACAGAAUCCACCGGGACCGCAGUUCGGAUUCGUCGAUCGUGAACCCACGCAGAGCGUCGGGGGUGCGCGACGGGUACCCGAUCCCGCGUACCGUGAAGUGUCUUUACCUCGUCUGUACAUAGACGGACGUGACCGCUUUGAGAAGAAGUACGAAGAUCCCUUCCGAGAAACAUCAAGACAGUCGAGGGGGCCGUCGCCGUUCACGUGCGCUCGUGUCGGAUUUCUUCACGGAUCGCGGCGAGAAUCGUUUCGGACGGUGGGCAAAAAAAAACAAAUAUAAAUAUAUAUAUAUAAAUCUAAAUAUAGCUGUUUUGCACUUGCAUCGUUUUACUAUGCUCUGUUCCUUUGUAAACAAAUAAAGUUAUUUACGACUA